AUGAACCAGCCGGUCAACAACAAUCAACCUGGUCGUUCAGCUCCAAUGAAUCAAUCUGCUCAUCCGGCUCCAAUGCAUUCACGAGCCAGUCAUUCUCUACGUGAUCAUCCAACCUCGACGAGCCAUCGUCCUCGUCUCGUUCAUCGAAAUGCUGAGGAACAUGUUGCUCUUACACUCCGAGCUCAAAGAGCCCGUUAUGACGCUAUGAUGGCUGAAAGAGAUAUCGAGUAUCCUACAAUGGCAUUGAGAAGUUUUUCCAACACUGUUGCUGCGCAAGUCACUAGAGAUGCUCAGACUGCUGAAGUCAUUCACGCUCUUGAGAUCACUCAAACUGUCGAGGUCACUCAAACUAUUGAGGUCACCAAUGCGCCUCAAACUGCUGAAGCUGGUUUGAAUUCUUUGACAGGCAACAUUCUCACCACUACGACUUCCCCUACAAGCACUAUCUCAAGUGUUGUAGUUGCGAAUGCUCAAGUCUUUAGUGCUACAGAUAGUCCAUCUUCCUCUUUAGGUGGCAGUCCUGUCACCAUGCGCGAAAACGCUCAUGAUCAAGGAAAUAACCACGCAACUGUUGGUCAGGUCACCAGUUCAUCUUCAGAUUUUGAUAUGGAUGCUUUCAUCGCCGCAGUUCUUCAAGAUAUGCAACUCUCACGAGAUGUAGAUUAUUCUCACAUCUUAGCAGCUCUUGCUUCUGUGGAAGAAGAAGAAAAUGACUCGACCGUCGUUAACCUCAGUUAA